AAGACAAGACAAGACAAGACAAGCAAGAGCGUGUGCGUUGCGCGUGUCGGGUGCUGGCGUGGAAUAGAACACGAAGGGCUCGCUACUGGGACCCGCAUCGCAGAUCCUCAGGAACCACCUACAACCACGAUCACAAAUGGCACCGGACCCGUCUGGCGAUGACAGCGAAUCCAACCCUCCCGCCUCGGAAGCCAGCACGACAGCUGAUGAGCAGCAAGGGAGGGUAAAGCCGGCCGGUGGGAGUAACAUGGCUGCUUACCUGAUCGCGGCCUGCUGUUGCUGUAGCUGCUUAUUUGUGGUUGCUGCCCUGUUCACUGCCGCUCAGGGCGUUGUACAAGCUAAACGCCUCACGGAAUUACUGACACCAGAGAAGUACGAGUUCGAAGCGUGGGCGACGGUGUCCGACGUCCACGAGUGCUCGUCUGUCGUCAGGGAUGUCUUCUCGAAGAACGGAAACCUCGGCGACGCUGCUGUCUCCGCACUUCUCUGCAUGGGUGUCGCGGCUCCGCACCUGAUGGGCCUCGGCGGGGGAUUCCUGGCGCUCUACUAUGACGACAAAAGCGAUAAAGUCGAAGCUUUGAAUGCCCUUGGAAUAUCGCCAGCUGACGUGUCCAACGUGGAUGAGAACACAGUCAAGCGAGGAGCGAAGGCGUCGAUUGUGCCUGGAGCCGUACGAGGUUACAAGGAGCUUCACGAAAAGCUCAGAGGUACCAUGAGAUGGGAAGAUCUCUUCGCCCCCGCCAUUAAGUUGGCCAAGGAAGGCUUUCCCAUCAAGAAGCACUUUGCAAAAGUUCUCGCCAAGCACGCAACUGAAUUAUCCAAUACGGACAUCAAGAAAAUCUUCGAUGGCGUCAGCAAAGAAGGCGACAAGCUUAUGCAACCGGAUCUGGCAAAACUUCUGGAGGACAUUUCUAAGAAAGGCGCAGAACAUUUCUACACUGAAGUCGGCAAAGAAAUUGUCAGCGGCCUGGGAGAAGAUGCCGUGUUGACCGAGGACGACUUCAAAAAGUACAAACCUACCUGGUCUGCACCAGUGACGAACGAGUUUUUAGUCUACAAGUUUUACACUCCACCUUUUCCAUCCAGCGGCGUGUUGCUACUUCCAGUGAUUCCGUCAGGAGCGCUCAAACUUUCAGAGACGCUGAAACAAGGUGGACGUGGACUUUCUAAAGAGGAAGAACUAAUUCUUUAUAUGAACAUAGACUCCACCAGAUUGAAGGAGAGUCUGAGCAGCGUGCUUGCAAAGUUACCAGAGCUCGAUGGAGAAGCACCCGACAAAGGCUUUCCGGAACUUGUGAAAGAAAUAGAGGAGAGCCUUUUGUUUGGAAGGACAGUCAAGAACUCACAGCACAAGAUUGUUCCAGACUACGGUGGUGUCCACCUGUCCAUAAUCAAGGGUUUCGAAGCCGUGACUAUCAUAUCCGGCAUCAACGAACCGUUUGGAAGCAAGAAGGCUUCAGUACCAGGCCUCAUCAUGAACAACUACAUGAGCGCAUUCGCAACGACACCCCACGUGCCAAAUGGUCUUAAAGGCGGCAAGCAGCCCAGGACAUCCAUGGUCGCCGUGUUCGCCAAGCGCAUUGACCAGCGAGUCCUCCGCUUCCAGGCGGGGGCCGGAGGAGGACUUCCUGGAAUGUGGGCUUUGGCUGAGGUGCUAAACUGCAUCUACGAUCACAAUGUUUCUACCUGCGUCCGGUCGACGACUAGAACACUUCCCACACCUGCCGUGGCCUCAGACAAGGAUCCGGACAUUGAGGCCACGGCCAGUGGAAUAUUUGCCAAGCAGCCCCUCGUGUCGUGGCUCGCCCCGAACGACAACGUGCACUGCGAUGGCACCAGUGACGGCGGGGAAACAACUACGUUGAACAAGUUGAACGCCAUGCAAACGGAAGACACAUGCAAGAGGACAAAAUAUUGCAAGGGAAAGAGCGAGUUAGAAAAAUAACGUGCUACCGAGGAGCCAAAAUAAAAAAGGAGACAGAGAGAAAGAGAGAGCAACAUUGGAA